GUCCAGCACAUUUUCUUCGACGGCAACGUCGAGAAGGAGGAUGCCGCUUGUGUCGAUGUUCGAAAUGCUGUGAAUGGAGAGCCGAUUCCAUUGGAGAAGUCUUCAAACGUGUACUUGCAUCGUGUUGACAUCUUCCAGGCAGUGACUGAUGUUGAAUAUUUCCUCAAGGCGACGGAGGCAGUUCUGUUUGGCUUCCGUUUGAGCCACCAUCAGGACAGACACGCAGAAGGUGUGGUCAGGGCACUUUCCGAGGAGGAGCAGAAAAAAGCCGCGGCAGCUGCUGCGGCCAUGACUCCCAAGGAGUGGCUCUACCGCAACAUCAUUCCGGCCCUCCUGCCCGCACUAGAGGCGUUGGGUCGGGACUUGUGGGCCUUCCGAAUUCUGAGCUAA